AUGGAGAGAGAUUUUCUCGGCCUGGGUUCGAAAAAUUCUCCGAUCACCGUGAAGGAGGAAACCAGCGAAAGCUCCAGAGACUCAGCUCCGAGUAGAGGAAUGAAUUGGUCCUUUUCAAACAAAGUCUCUGCAGCUUCUUCUCAGUUUCUAUCUUUCAGGCCAUCCCAAGAAGACAGACAUAGAAAGGCUGGAAAUUAUCAUCUCCCCCACUCUGGUUCCUUCAUGCCAUCAUCAGUUGCUGAUGGCUAUGAUUCAAACCGCAAAUCUCCUUACAGUUCUGCACAGGGAGUGAGGAUGUUCCCUAAUUCCAAUCAACAGGAAGAAGCUAUGGCAGUUUCCAUAACCAUGCCUGGUCUCCAGUCUCAUUAUGGAGCAGGAGGAAAAAGCUUCAUCAGCAAUAACAUAAACUCACAACCUUUGGUAGGAGUUCCUAUCAUGGCACCUCCAAUUUCAAUCCUUCCUGCUCCAGGUUCCAUUGUAGGGACAACUGAUAUUAGAUCUUCUUCCAAGCCAUCAGGAUCACCUGCUCAGCUGACCAUCUUUUAUGCUGGUUCAGUUUGUGUUUAUGAUGACAUAUCUCCUGAAAAGGCCAAAGCGAUAAUGUUGCUUGCUGGAAACGGUUCCCCAAUGCCACAAGCCUUUUCACCACCUCAAACUCAUCAACAAGUGAUCCAUCAUGCUCGUGCCUCUGUUGAUUCUUCAGCUAUUCCUCCUACCUACAUGCCUACUGUCUCUUAUCUCAGCCCUGAAGCCGGAAGUAGCACAAAUGGACUCGGAGCUGCAAUGGCAACAAGAGGAUUUGCAUCAACGUACCACAACAACCAAACUCAUGCAUCCAAUAUCAACGGUUCAAUGGCAGUUUCUUGCUCUGCCAAUGUUAUAACUCAAACAGUGGCUUUACCUCAGUCUCGCAAAGCAUCUCUGGCUAGGUUCUUAGAGAAACGCAAAGAAAGGGUUACAAGCGUAUCGCCAUAUUGCUUGGACAAGAAGUCAUCAACAGAUUGUCGGACACCAAUGUCUGAAUGCAUAAGUUCUUCUCUCAGCUCUGCAACCUAA